AUGAAACUAUUCAUUUUUCUUACAUUGAUAUGUUCUGAUGUAAUCGCACGAGGUGGUGGUGGACGAGGCGGUGGAGGUGGUGGAAGAGGUGGCGGUGGAGCAAGAGCUGGAGUCGGAAGAGGAGGUAUCGGAGGGUCGGGAGUCACGGGAAGAAGUGUUUUUGCUGGUACAUCAAGAUCUGGACUCGGUGGAUGGAAAACAGGAAGCUCAUCACCUGCAUCAAGUUAUGGAUCAUCUUCUUUCCGUUCAGCUGUUUUUGCAUCAUCUUAUUCUCAAUCUUAUUUCACACAUUCAAGUCUGACGAAUGCUCUGAUCAUCUCAUCUCUUGCUAGACCAAUUACAUAUGACAAUCGUCAAUAUUAUUGGAGUAGCUCACAUGCUAAAGAGAAAUUGCCUCCAGAUCAGUAUCCAGCUUUAUGUGAAUACCAAAUUGGACCAGAUGAUGGACAGUUGCAGAAUGUGAGUUUUCAAGAUAGUGCACCCAAAAUGUCAAUCAUUUUUAGAGUCAACAAAAAUGAAUUUUCAGAUGCCACAGUUUUUUUAAAUAUUGACCGAAUACGCACCUUUUCUACCGAAUCAUCCCUUUUUCAAGUCAUUGAAACUCCUUCACAUCCUAAUUGGUCUCAAAACAGAACAUAUUCCGCUCAAUUCAAAGAUCAGAGGCAUUCAUAUCAAUUCGUAACGAUUCCAAAGAAACAGUGCUCAAACAAUACGAAACUGCAAAUCACAAUUCUUUCUACUGCUGGAAAUUUUGAAAUUCGACAGGCAAUCCGAGACACUUGGGCGAACCCAAACAAUUCAAAACAUGUUGAAAACAACGACGUUCGGAUAUCCUUCAUCAUAUCAGCAGCUCAAAACGAGUUCUUGAACUCUUCAAUUCAAAAAGAAAUAGAAAAAUAUGACGAUUUGAUAGUGACGGAUUUAUAUGAAUCCUACGAACUUCUCAUUCUCAAAGUUCAUGCAAUUCUGACCUAUAAGCAAAACUUCUGCGAGUCUGCUGAUUUCCAACUGAAAAUUGAUGAUGAUAUGGCAGUUUAUAUGGAAGGCCUUUAUGAUAGUUUGAGUGAAAAGAAGCAGUCAAGUGUGGAUGCAAUUAGUGGUAUCAUUUGGAGGAAUUCACCUCCGGUCAGGGAGAAAAAGCAUCGAUGGUACGUACCCAUGACUCUCUACUCUCAAAAACAUUUUCCUCCGUAUAUCGAUGGCCCAAUUUACCUGAUUGGAAAAAAUGUGAUUCCCAAAAUGCUGGAUGCUACUAAAAACUACAGUCAGUGGAUAAUAGAGGAUGUUUUCUGGACUGGAAUUCUCGCAAAAGCACUAAAAAUCAGACAAAUCAACUGGGCCAACCAUUUGCUUCGUUACGUCAUUGAAUUGGUUCCAUCGAGAUUGAAAUGUUUGAAUGGAAAACCGCUGAUAUACGCUGUCCAUAAUAUGAAAGGACCUCAAAUGAUUGUAGACGGGUAUAACAAGUUAACCGGUGUCAAAUGUGAAUAA